AUGACAAUGCAAAUACGUCGUCGAUUUCGACGUUGUUGUUUAGGUCGUGCAGCUAUUUAUUUAUUAAUAUUAUUUGCUAUAAGUUCAACAGCUAUAUGUUCAUAUAAUUUUUAUUUAAAUAUUUUAUCUGAACAACGAAAUGAAAGAUUUAAAUUAUUUAUUAUUGAUGAAAAAGAUCUUGAAGAUGCACGAAUAAAACCAACUAAAAAUAUACAAUUAUUACAUGAAGAUUAUUUUAAUAUAACAAAUCUUGCAUGUCGUUAUCCAAAAUUAACAAUUGAUAAUCCCGAAAUAUGGAAAUAUUUAGAUCCAGUAACAAAAUCUCAACCAGAUUGUGAAAAAUCUACAAAUUGGGUUUAUGUUGAUAAUGGUACUUUUCGAUUAUCACAACAAGCUUUACAAAAACAUGGACCCAUUGUAUGUGCUUAUCGUCCUAUUCUUCGAUCAAAAGAUGAUUUUACAACAAUGGAAGGUGCUCGUUUAUUUCCUGUUGUUGAUAAAAUGCCUUUAGUAUCAGAUUUUUUUCGUGCUGAUUGUCGUGCACGUGAUGGAAGUUUUUAUUCAAAUAUACAUUCAGGCAUUAUGUUUGAUGCUGGUUUACAUAUGAGACAUAUUUGGAAUCCUAUGGUCAAAACUCAUCUUGGUUAUAAUGUUUUAAUGUUUGGUUUUGACUCUGUAUCUCGAAUGACAUUUAUGCGUUUUUUACCAAAAACUUUUUCCUAUUUAAUUAAAGAAUUAGGUAGUGUCGUUUUGAAAGGUUAUAAUAUUGUUGGUGAUGGUACACCAGCAGCACUUUUACCGAUAUUAACUGGACAAACAGAACAAGAAUUACCUGAAGCUCGACGUGGACAUGCUGGUGCCGAGACAGUUGACCGAUUUCCUUGGAUUUGGAAGAAAUUUAAAGAUAAUGGUUAUAUAACUCAAUGGGCUGAAGAUUUACAAGUUGUUGGUACAUUUCAAAUGCGUUUAAAAGGUUUUCGUGAACCACCUGUUGAUCAUUAUGGUCGUCCAUUUUAUCUUGUAGCUGAAUCAAUGCGUACAUCUAAACCAUAUUGUUUUGGUUCAAUAACACGUUUUCAAGCUAUGUUAAAUUGGAUACGUGAUCUAUUUGAAAUGUAUCCAAGUCAACCAAAAUUUUCAUUUCUUUUUCAUUCACAAUAUUCACAUGAUUCAAAUAAUGGUUUACCAUAUGCUGAUGAUGAAUUAGUUGAAUUUUUAAAAUUAAUGAAUCAACGUGGUUAUUUUGAUAAUACAAUAUUUAUUUUAAUGACUGAUCAUGGUGCUCGUUUUUCAUCAUUAAGAAAAACUUAUCAAGGUAAAUUAGAAGAACGUUUACCAUUUAUGUCAAUACGUAUGCCAAAAAAAUUUCAAGAUAAAUAUCCACAUUUAAUGUAUAAUUUACGUUUAAAUUCUCAUCGUUUAACAACACCAUUUGAUUUACAUGAAACAUUCGAACAUUUAUUUGAAUUUCAUUCAUCAGAUCCCUAUCAAUCAAAAACUCAUCGUUCAUAUAGUCUUUUUCAAUUAAUACCUGAAAAUCGUACAUGUUUACAAGCUGAUGUUGAACAACAUUGGUGUGCAUGUUUAAAUUGGAAUUAUAUAUCAAUUGAUGAACCAAUUAUAAAACAAUUUGGUCAACAAGCUGUUGAAUUUCUUAAUAAUUUUGUAUCAAAUUCAAAAAAUCAAUGUACUAAAUUAAAUUUAUAUCGUAUAUAUAAAGCAAAUCAAUUAGAAACAAAUGAAAAUUUAUUAAAAUUUGUUGAUUCAAGUGAUACAGAUGGUCGUAUACCACGUUUUCGUAAUAAUACAUUAAUAAAUAAUUUAAUUAAAAAUUUAACAUUAAAUCAAACAAAAUUUUAUCAAAUACAAUUUGAAACUAUUCCUGGUCAUGCAUUAUUUGAAUUAACUGCUGAAUAUAAUCCAUUAAAUGAUACAUUUUAUAUACGAAAAAAACGUUUAAGUCGAAUGAAUAAAUAUGGAAAAACAUCAGCUUGUAUUGCAUAUAAAAGACCUGAAUUUCGUGAAAUUUGUUAUUGUUCUAAUUUGUUAAAUCGCACGCAUAAAUUUACUACUAUUCUUGUUGAUGCUGUGAUAAAAAAUGAAAAAAAAUUAAUAAAAAUAGAACAUACUGUUGCAAAUCGCAGCAGUCUUCAUCGUUAA